AUGGCCCACAACUCGAGGUAUCAGCCUGUCGCUCGGGACAGUAUCGACGAGGAGGAACGCUACACCCAGGCGCCUCCCAGCUAUCAAGCCGAGCCGGUCAUCGGCCAGUCUCGAACGGAGGAUGACAAUGUGCCUGAUGACUUCAAGUUCGGCGGCAGUGUGGCCGAAGCAACCCUCCCCAUCCGCAUGCAGUUCGUCCGGAAAGUCUACGCCAUCCUGACCGUCCAACUCCUCUUCACCACCGCCCUCUCCGCCGUCUCCUUCUUCAACGCCUCCUACAAAACAUGGAUCCAGUCCAACCAGUGGAUGAUGUGGGGUUCGCUAUUCGGCGCCAUCGCCUUCAUGCUCCUGACAUUCUGGAAGCGCAAAUCCUACCCUACCAACCUCGUCUUCCUCGCCGGCUUCACGGGUCUAGAGGCAUACAGCAUCAGCGUGGUUACGAGCUUCUACGAGAGCAAGAUUGUGCUGCAGGCGCUCAUCUUCACCCUUGGUAUCUUCUUGGCUUUGACGCUGUUUGCUUGUCAAACCAAGUAUGAUUUCACUAGCUGGAUGCCCUACCUCUUUGGUGCACUCUGGGUGCUGAUCCUCUUCGGCUUCAUGUCCAUGUUCUUCCCUCACACCUCCGGCAUCGAACUCGGCUAUGGCAUCGUUGCCGCUCUCAUCUUCAGUGGCUACAUCCUCGUCGACACCCAGCUGAUCAUGAGACACUACCACGUCGAGGAAGAGAUUGCCGCGGCCAUCAGCCUGUAUCUCGACGUCAUCAACCUCUUCUUGGCCAUCUUGAGGAUCUUGAACAGCCAGCAAAACAAUUAG